AUGACCCCAUAUUUCCUCUUCCUAUUUCUUAUCAAAGCCAAGCACACGGCUCUGACAAUAUGUGACAAGGAAUGGCACUACUAUGUAAUCAACGUGGAGUUCCCGGCCGUGACGCUGUUUGUGGACGGAGUGACCUUUGAACCCUACCUGGUGACAGACGACUGGCCCAUCCACGCUUCAAACAUCGACACACAGCUGACAGUGGGCGCCUGCUGGCAAGGGGGAGAGGUAGCGACCCCUCGCUUCACCCAGUAUUUCCAUGGCAGCCUGUCAGGUCUGACAAUCCGGCCGGGCCGCAUUGAGACGCAGAAGGUUAUCUCCUGUCUACAGGCCUGCAAAGAGGGCCUGGAUAUCAACUCCCUGGAAAGUCUGGCUAAGGACAUCAAGUUUCACUUUAAUCCCGCUCAGUCGGUGCUGGUGGUGGAAGGAGAGGAUUUGGACAGUAUCAACACAGCCAUGACCAAAGUGUCCUACAUCAACUCAAGGCAGUUCCCCACACCAGGCAUCCGAAAACUGCACAUCACAACCACAGUGCAGUGUUUUGGUGAAGACUCUUGCCUUUCCAUCCCUGACGUGAAGGCCGUCGUCAUGGUGAUGGCUCCCAGUAAACCACGGAUCACCAUCUCCGGCUCAAACCGCCUCGUCCGACCGGCCAGUGACCUGCAGGCGCCGCUCGGGGUGGCCCCCUUCAAAGAGAUCCACCUCACCAGCACCGUGAUCAGAGGGGACAGCCUAGGCGGGAUACACAGACCAGGUGUGACCGAGCUCAUGCACAACCUGGACUACUGUGACGUGCUGUUAAUUGGUGACGAAUUAAACCCCGAAAGAGAAAGCCUGGAGAUACAUCACAGUGCCUUGUUAGGAAAACACCUGGACGCCACCAACUCCACCUCCGGGAUAUCAAUAUAUGGUGUGGACUCCAUGUCGCACUACGAGCAGGCACUAAGACAGAUCCGGUACAGAAACUGGAGACCGGCAACUUUAAGCAAGAGAAAGUUUAGAGUCACCUGCUCCGAGCUCAACGGACGGUACACCAGCAAUGAGUUCAACCUGGAGAUGAGUCUGCUGCACCACUCUGCUGCCCCCGUGGAGCAUGUCAACCACAUGGCAGCAUCAUCCCAGUUCAUGAGACCAAUGCAUCACCCUCUGAUGAUCCACUCUCUCAAUUCUCACAUGACAGGGCCAGCUCCUCCGGCUGCCACAGUGAUUAUUGUGGUUUGUAUCGCCGCCCUGGUGGUGAUUGUGGUCAUUGGCGUGUACAGAAUUCACGCCACUCAUCAGGAGGGCUCCAGAGAGGAUGAGGAUGAGCCCAAAGACUGUGACAUGGACUGGGACAACUCUGGCCUGACCAUCACUGUCAACCCCAUGGAGAACAUCAGUGCUGCUCAGGUAGUAGCUGAAGAGGCGAAGGAGGAGAGUGAGGAAGAGGAGGAGCAGGUGGUGGGCCUGACCUGCACUGACUCAGACAACACUGACGAGGAGGACGAAGAGGAGACGAACCGGGUCACAAAACUGGAGUGGGACAGUUGCUCUGGGACAUACUGAGCAUACACAACCAUACACAAUCUGUUGCUGGAAAGAUGCAGAACAUGUACACCUAUUACUUCUGAUGCAAGGUCUCCCUCUGUUGGACAAACUCAGAACAUCAGCCACAUUUGAAUUCACACGAAAACAGCCAAAAGAGAACGAGCACAGCCACUGCAUUGAAACAAAACACACUCUCUGUUGUUACAUGGUUUGUACAAUGUCCAUAAUAUAAUUUAAGAUCAAAUGUUUCAGAGGAUACGUUUGUGUUUUAUAUCAAAGAUUAAUUUUCACACAUACAUAAUUCAUUCAUUAAAGGUACAGUAUGUAACUUUUCUGGUGGGUGCGCUGCCUGCUUGUCUCUAUGAUGAUUCAACUGC